AUGUUGCCUUCAAUUGUCCUCGCCUUUACUACUUUUGUAUCACUUACUUCGGCAACCCCUUUGAUCUAUGAUGGCCGCGCCCCCUUCAACUAUACCAUUGAAGACCUGGACAAUUCCCUGGACCCCUACUUGUCAGUGGUGAAAGGCACAAUGAAUGCCUCAUAUUAUACUCGGCUCCUUGGGCACGCGCUCAAUGCUACCCCGUUGUGGUCGUCCAAUCUGCAGUCUCCUAUAGAGCAGCCGAUGACGAUUUCGAUUGAUAAUACUUCUAUCUUCGUCCCUGGAGGUAGCACGCCUCAAAACGGUUUCCGCAGAACGGAGCUCAUUGCGCAAAAGUAUGGGAACCACACCGCCUUGAACGCUAUCGCCGAUGUAGGGACCACCGUGUUCCAUGUAUCCAUUCUAGAGGAGUUAGAGAAACCUUUGAAUAUGAGCCAUGAGUACCAGAUCGUCUGGAUUGAGCCUAAUGAUGGAACCCACGUCUUCGAGAUCCAGCUCGGUUCACCUUUCACCAUCCCCACGGGCACUGUACCUGUCUCUGAUGCUCGAUUUCUGAAAGUUCGCAACCAUGCGCUUGACCUUAUGUUUGAGACGCCUUUUACAUCCCACGACUGGCAUAACUUCGCGGUCCAGAUCGACUGGACGAAUCUUACCCUUGGCGUCUUCUAUUCUACCAAUGGAGAGCCGCUGAAGGCUGUCACUGGCCUAGUAGAGAAUUUGAGCGCUUCACUCGGUGCAGCUGGCCAGGGCGACUAUCAUUUUGGUGUACUUAAGCUUCCGCUCGCGGACCCCAACGAAACGGCUGCGCAGCAGAGCGAUGUUGUGUAUUUCGGUUGCCAGGAGGGUGAUACAGAGGCGCUAACAUAUUCGGGUGUCUUCAUUGAGGGUAUCACUGGAGGCAUCAGUGCAGGAUAUGGGAAGACUAUCGCUCCAAUAUCUUGA